CGCCUUGGACGGUGGUGUACAUGCUGCAACUCUGGCUCGCAACCGCCGGCAUCUCGCGCACGCCGCCGCUGCGCGCUCGCACUCCGCUGGCAAGCAUCGCUGAGUCGGCGAGCGUUCACUCGCCGCUCGCCUCCUCUGCGCUCACCGCCGUCUCCUGCCACCCGGUGGUGACACGCAACGAGUACUGCUCGUGGUUUGCAAAGGGCGAGGCCACUGACGAGCAGGUCAAGGACCUGGUCGUUCAGUUCUCCGUCUUCUCCAACCUCUUCCUCCUCGCCCAACUGAACAAGGUCAUCAACUCGCCGACGCUGGAGGGCGCACGCGAGGGCAAGGAGAUCCUCGCCAACGAGAUUGGGGUCGUCUUCAAGCCAAAGAAGCAGAAGACGGCCGAGCUGGCGCGCGAGGCGGCCGCCAAGGGCUUCGAUCCGAGCGUCGUCGGUGUCACCGGCUCUGUCGAGGGCGGAGUCUUCUCGCACCGCGCCGCCCACUUCGAGUGGCUCUGCGACGUCGGCAAGGACAUGGGGCUGAGCUUUGACCAGCUGGGCAAGCGGCGCCACGGAUCGGAGGCGACGCUCCACUUUUGCGACGCGCUGUACCGCAUCUACGGCUCCGAGGACCUGUCCACCGCGCUCGGCGCCUCCUUUGCCAUCGAGCACUGGGCCAACGCCGGCUUUUGGGACCAGCUGAUCGAGGGGUUCGAGCUGCUGAACGCCAAGCGGCCGGCGGGGGCGAAGCGGUACCCAAUGGGCUUCUGGCGCUUCCACCAGGCCCUCGAGGCGCAGCACGCCGCGCACACGAUGGACGAGCUCGAGGAGGCCAUCGAGGACGGGCUCAUCUCGGACGAGGUCCGCUUCCGGCAGGCGGCGCACGAGAUGCUGGACGCGUGCUCCAUCUUCUGGGAGGGCCUCGAGGCGAGCCGCCAGGGCCGCCCGUACUCGGUGACCACGCUCAAGGCGCGCUAGUCGCGCUCCCGCCGCACCUGCGGCCCGGCCGGCGAAGGUCGCACCUGCAAGCAUCAAAGCGCGCGCUUAGCAGAGGGCGCCGGUGCCCGCCUCGCCUGCGGAAGAGAAGAAGCGCACGGAGCUCUGGGAUGUCGAUAAGAGCAAAGGCUUGCACCGAGCGCGGGAGGCGUUCCUGUGCCACUGUGUGCGUGAAGGAAGCGUGGGAGCUCUCGUGGCAGGGCCAGCUGGGGAGAGAGUACCCGGUCGACGGUGGGGAGAGACCGACUGCGGGAGCGAGGUCGCUCCGAGGAGUGGUCGGUGCAACGAGAGAGUCGUGAUAUGCGGGAGCGGAUGCGAAGCAGCGGCUUGGUGAGCGGAGCGGAGGAGUGCGAAGAGUCGAGCGUUGCAGUGUUGUGCGAGGGCUAACGAAAGAAAGGGAGCGUGGG